CCAAACAAGUUUUUCAAUUCGGACGGCGUCCCUGAACCAUAAACUACAGAUUGCUUGAUGCAUCAAAGAUAACCACACUAUUAAACAAUCGCUAUAAUGUGCGGUGCGACAGGAUGUCGUGCCAUCAGCACAGCCAAUGCCUGCGACACGUUUCCUCAUCUGAACGUGACCCCAAGGCCUGAGCCAGAUUCCGAGGACGAAGAGGAAUAUGAACUCUGGUGGCAGGAAUACCAGCAAUGGGGGCGGGUUCAGUGCGCUUGCGGUAAUGGCUAUUUCUGCAGACGACACGCAAUUUGGAUUCCUGGCGGGGAUGUUACCGAGGGACUUGCAUUCCCCCGUGAGCGACAACAUGAGGGUUGCCCGAGCAGUCACUACCAACCUACGUACCGUCAAGCAGCAGCAACAGCAGCCGAGUCACAGACCAACAACCCCGAAGAACGCCAGCGACAAGAUGAAACCAACAGGCGCAGAGUCUCUGGUCGUCAUCCAUCCUCUCGAAGUCAGAAUAGUCCCAGAGGUGAAGUUGAAAGACCAUCAGCCAGUUCAUCCUCUAGGCAUGGAAGGCCCAGAAGUGAUAGGCCUCCUACAAGUGAUGGCAGCAGGCGUAGAGAACGAGAGGAAGAUGGUCCUGCAGUUCGAACAUCUGGAAGAUCAACUCGGUCAUCAAGGACCACUACAAGCGGCGACCAAGCUGAUGGUUCUUAUCCUCAGAGGGACACUUCUUCCCACCAGCUUACUGCUCGUCGUGAAGAAGACUACAGAUCAUAUCAACAAAGAGACAGUUCAUCUAGUCUGCCAGCUGGAGCGGGUGACCAAAGUUACACUUCCAGUCAAGCAAGGCAAAGCACAAGCACAACUUAUCAGCCGAGCCUGAACACUUACGUCGCCGCUCCUGCUUCCGACCGCUACCCACCCAUGACAAGCAAUACUUCACGGACUCUUCAAUCGUCAUACCAACAACCAGAUCCAUAUAGGCAGCCUUCUUCAUCGGCACAGCAAUCUUCGUAUCCGCAGCCGUUUGGACAGCAACCUGUCACCCAACCGCGCUCUUAUUGGCAGCAAACUACGACGCAGCCACUCUCAUAUCAGCAGCAGCCAACAGACAAUCAGAUGCCAUAUGGACAGCCAACCCUGCGGCAAGACCCAUAUAGGACGUCGAGAAACCCAGUGUCAUCCCAACAGCAGCUGGCAGGACAGCAAGGACCAUAUGACCAGCAACCAGCGGACCAAGGCCCAUACAGGACAUUAAGGAACCAAGUUCCAUACCAUCAACAGCCUCCUGGACAACAGAGGCUCUAUGGACAACGAAGUGUAGGGGAGCAAAUGCCAUACAGCGAGGAACCGGAAGAGCAACAAGACAACUCCUCACAGCAACAACACUAUAGUCAGCAACCUUCGUACGGACAGCAACCUUCAUAUGGACAUAAAUCCUAUUACCCCCCCAGCUGGAGCGCACAACAAGCACCGAGCUAUUCAUCUUACGGUGCUCAGGCUAGCCCACAGGAUCUUGCAACAAGGAUGAGCAAUGUGAGGCUUGAUGAAGAAUCAUACAGGCCGACUAAUUAUGACGAGUAUCCGUCGUCCGGGGAGGAGGAGCCUACUGAGUCCGAAGCUCAGUCUGCAAGUAACAGAAGUAGGAGACACAGAAGACAUAGCAGACGUUGAGGCGCCUGAAGGAUAUUUAGCGGGAGAGCGUGUUUAGAUUUUAUUAGUUCCAUUGCGUUAGUGCUUGGUAUUUUGGUAUUUAUUUCCUUAAACC